UACACAUUGUAGAGUUCAGCACCACUCGAUUCGUAGUAAGAUCAUCAGCGUCAUUCGUUUCCAGAACAAGCUUUGACGAAUAUACCAUAUGCGACUGUGUUUACGCCGCAGUUCGGCGCCUUAAUAGAUUGCCUUUUUAGUUGUUUUAUUUUAUACGAAGUCCGGGUGGUCUAACUGGUGAUUUGGGAGCUUUGGUCAAAGUAUUAGAGGUGAAAUGUCAAUGGAAAUACAACAAAACCCGAUGCCUCCGUAGAGCUGUCUCGGUGCCAAGAACUGGUCCUCUGCUGAUACAGAAAAACAGAGUGUAACUUUUGGAAAUCUAGCAAUGUGGAGCUGCAUGGUUUACAAUGAGACAGACAACAACGUGGACCUCCGGCUCUGCCAGGACUUUGGACUCAUUCUGUCUGUCUUCUCUCUGGUGUACCUCAUUGUCUGCUUUCCAGUUGGGCUCUGCUUCAAUGUCCUCCUGGUGGUGGUCAACCUUUCCAACAAGUUUACCAUGACAAUGCCUGACGUCUACUUUGUGAACAUUGCCAUCGCUGGCCUGGUGCUUAACCUGGUGGCACCGGUGGAGCUGUUGGGUCCCAGCUUUACACGCUGGCCCAUGUGGGAGUACAAUAACGAGGUCUACAUCACCCUCCUCAUCCUCUUCAACAUCUCCUCUCUGGUCAUCAUGUACUCCACCACUUUGCUCAGUCUGGACUAUUACAUCGAGCGGGCUCUUCCGCGCACUUACAUGUCCAGCGUUUACAACACAAAGCACGUUUGCGGCUUCAUCUGGGGUGGCGCCGUCCUCACUAGCUUCUCUUCACUGCUCUUCUACGUGUGCAACCACGUCUCCACCAAGAUCAUCGAGUGCUCCAAGAUGCAGAAUAAGGAGGCUGCUGACGCCAUCAUGAUGUUCAUCGGGUACGUGGUCCCAGCAGUGGCCGUACUUUACGCAUUUGUGCUGAUCCUACGCAUCAGGAAGGAGUCCACCCCUUUGGACCAGGACUCUGGUAGGCUAGAUCCCUCCAUUCAUCGACUUCUCCUGGCCUCUGUUUGCGUGCAAUUCUUGCUCUGGACUCCAUAUUACAUGACCUUACUGGUGCACACGGUAGCUGGAGCUUCUGUGAGUCAUUCCAACCGGCAGCACGUCCCUGUGUACUUCUUCUUUAGAUGUUUAUCCAAGUUACUCGCAUUCUGCAGUAGCUUCGCCAUUCCACUUAUGUACAGGCAAAUGAACAAGAACUUCUCUCAUAAACUCCAGCGGCUUCUAAAGAGGCUGCACUGCGGGAACCAGUCAUGUCCUCACGAACGCUCCGCAGUACAACAGGUGGUCACAUGAGGGCUUUUGUCCAAUCAGACCUGCAUCUCCUUCACUGGCACUUCUACAAAAGCCACAGAAGUCAAGCAAGCGCAUGAACCUGGAUAUAUUGUGUGCUAAAAGGAAGUAUUCCAUUCACCACAAGAAGUGGAAUGUGUCUCUGUGAAAUUGCAGAACCUCCGUAACUCUUCACGACAGAACUUUAUUUGUCCAUCUUUGUGGUGAAUGGGUGACCAAGAAGAAACCACUAAGUGCUGUUUUUGUGUAAGCUAUGUCUAUUCUCUGGAACUGGCUUCUCAGGUCUGGGGAAAAUCUCAACACAUCUAAUGACCCUUUCAGGAGAUGGUGAAAAGUGAACUUGUGUAAUAUGUGUAAUCUGUUACAGGAUAUGUGGCAUAGCCUUCUAAUGUGAUGCUUUUAGACCAACCUUUUCCCAUUUAGCUCAAGGCCACAUCUUUCCCCAGGCUCUCUGUGUUGUGAUCCAUGUCAACAUAAGCUCUAUGGUCUGGAUUGAGUUUUCUGGUCUCACUUUCCAUAAAACCUCACUGGGUAGAUUGUAGAUGCUAGUAAACACAAUACAGUUACCUCAAUUUCACACACAAAUGGGCAUUACAUUGGAACGGUCUAACCAACUUUUAUAGCACCCAGAAAUAACUCAAUGAGGCUGAUAUCAGGGAGCGGGAAAGGUUUGUGUUUGUUUGUUUGUGUGUGUGUGUGUGUGUGUGUGUGUGUGUGUGUGUGCGUGCGUGGUGCGUGCGUGCGUGCGUGCGUGCGUGUGCGUGCGUGCGUGUGUGCGUGUGUGUGUGUGUGUGUGUUCUUGAGAGCUUGCUGCUAAGGUGAUAUGCAACAUAACUGCACAGCUGCUCAGCCAUAUUAUUCCUAACAAAAAUAAUCUUAAAAAUAUUUUUUUAUAGCUUAUUGAGAAAAAGCUAUAGAAAUGAUCCACUAGACAAUGGAUCACAGUUUUUAGAUCAGCUAGUUAGAGAUUAAAUCGAUUUUAUUUCAUAUCUUUUCAAUCAUUAGUCUAUUACUACUGUAAUUAUUAUCUGUGCACCAUGAGAAAAUAGUUAAUAAUUCAAAUGUUUGAGACAUUAAUUCAGAUAAUGACUGUGUGUCCAGUUAAAUGUUUUUUUGCAAAAUUAUUAAAGUUCUUCUACAGUCAAACAUAUUUGAAAGCAAGCCAGAGAUUCAGUUGAUUUUCAUUAACAGUUGCUCAAAAGUGUACUGAAACACUGAGUAAAUGAUUUCUGAAAGUAUUGAACAACAUAUUGUCAUUUCAACAGCUGAAAUCACAUUUUGGAUAAAAGUUUUCUGUUGUGCACAUUCUAAAGAAAUAGCCUUUAUUGAGAUUAGCUUGCAUGAUUUAUUUCAUUGUAUGCAUAUAUAGGAGAUAUGCAUAUAUGCUCUCAAACUGGUGGGGAAAAAAGAUCAUAGACAUUUCCCAAAAAAAAAAAAAAAAAAAGAGGAAUAGCACAGAUUAAGCUAGUAAAAUUGUAUGUUAUUAUCAAAAAUGUCCUUGCUCUUAUUUUCUUUUUGUUGAGCCAGUGGGUGCAUAAUUGGUAUAUUUUGGAGAGAAAUCACUGUAUGUGAAUGGAAGAGUUCAAAGUAUCAUUUAAAUUCACUUAUGUAAGCAAGGGAAAGAAUGUGUCCAAUGAAGGGGAUUAAAAGUGAUGAACCCUCAAUCAUAAAACAUGAAAACAGCAAUCGUAAUGUUGUUAGCGUGGCAAUGCCAGUAUGUACAGUAUAAUAGUAAGAAUGUGAAAAUAUUGUACUGCAGAGAUUUACUGGACAAAAAAAAAGACAUGCCAUUUUAGAUUACAGUAUUAUUUUUUCAGAGAUUUAUUUAGAUACUAAAGUGUCAGCCAUCCUCUGUCCCAUACUGAGUCAAAGACUUGUUCAAUAAACUAACAUAAAUAUAA